UAUAAUAGUUGGCUUUCGUAUGUUCUAUCAUUAUAAUUAGGAUAUUUCCUAGAUAGAAUAAGUACAAAAAUAUUAUUGUUUCUAUAUCAGAAUUUUUAAAAUUAAUUCGUUACAUUUAAACAUAUAACAAGGAGAAUAAGAAGUGUUUAUGUAUUGAAAUAAUGUCGGCUGAAUGUAAAGGGGAAGUAUCCUUAGAAGUACCCAGUAUGGUUGUAGCAGACCGUGUAAAUGGUACAAAUCAAUACAAAAUCCGUCAAUCGUGAGAUUCAGUGUAAGGACUUCUUACAAUUGUUCUCUCUUUGCGAUAGAUAAUUACCAAUGAUUUUUCGUGCAGUUUUUAAAUAAUUACGUGUGAACUGGGUUCUACGAAUUGAAUUAUUGAAAAUCUAUCGUGAUUAUAUUAUUGCGUGAAAGUACUUAUUUCUGGCAGCAUGUCCCAGCGUUCGACGAAUCGCAGGAGAUCGUUUGAGAGCGAAAGUAUAUAUUCUGUUCCAUCAUCGGUGGUAAGAGAAUCUCGUAGUCGCUUCAAUCCAGUAUGGCGGCAAUGCCUAGCAAUUAGUAUUGCGACGUUUACCAUGUUGCUAGGCGGUACAGUCAACGGAUGGGCACUGGCUUCUGUUCGCACGGAAAUAGUCAAAGCCCGCAGAAUACCGCUAAGGUUAAUAAACGACGAAAGUUCAUGGAUCGUUCCUUUGACAGGAAUGAUCGGUUCACUUGUGGCUGUCCAGUUGGCCGAUUGCUGGGGUCGUAAAUACUGCCUCUUUCUAUCCAGCAUAAUGUUCACCUCAGGCUGGUUCAUCAUGUACGCCGUAACUGGCGGCCCAAUGAUAUACCUUGCUUGGGUGAUGCUCGGUAUAGCCGUUGGUAUUGCCCAUACGAUAAAUCCAAUGUACGUGUCAGAAAUCAACACCGACAUCAACAGCAGCGGCGCUCUAUGUGCUCUAAUCACAGCGAACGUAAUCAUCGGGGAACUGCUAACCUGCACCGUAGUAAUCUGGCUGACGAACAAGUCACUCCUGUUGAUACUUGCAACAAUAUCCUUUAUAUCCAUGGUGCUGAAUACGUGUUGCCCCGACACUCCGUAUUUCUUGGCGGCAAAAGGUAAAAAGCAGCAAGCAUGCAAGUCGAUAGAAUAUUACAAAGGCAUUGUAGAUCCCCACAGAGUGAAUGUCGAACUACGUGAUCUACGUGCACAAGCCAGAUACAAAUCACACCCACAAUCCAGUUACGAAUUAGAACAACAAUCCAGAGGCGAUUUACACUCACAAUCCAUACCCUCAAUACACUCAGAAGUCAUAUCCGAAACACACCCGCAACCCACAGGUGAAGUACGCUUACAAUACUCGCGCGACUCACCCGAAUUACCCCUACAACCCCCGCGCGAAUUACGCUCUCAAUCCACAAGCGAAUUACACCGACCACCUACAAGCCAAAUAUACCGACCACCCAUAUGCGACAUACUCCGAUCACCCACAAACCAAAUAUACGGACGAUCCGAACGCGAGUUAACCCGAUGGGUCACAAACCAAAUAUACCGACCACCUACAAGCCGAUUACACCUGCCACCCACAAGCCAAAUACAUCGACCAUCUACAAGCGCAAUAUACCCAGAACCCACAAGCGAAAUGCACCGACAAUCCAUAAGCCAGGUACAGCCAGAACCCAGAAGCGAAAUACAAGCACCAUCCACAAGCCAAAUACAUCGACCAUCUACAAGCGCAAUACACUCAGAACCCACAAGCGAAAAGCACCGACAAUCCACAAGCCAGGUACUGCCAGAACCUAGACCAUCCUUAAUUGAAGUGCACCGACCACCUACAAGCCAAAUAUACCGACCACCUACAAGCCAAAUACACCUGCCAUCCACAAGCCAAAUACAUCGACCAUCUACAAGCGCAAUACACCCAGAACCCACAAGCGAAAUGCACCGACAAUCCAUAAGCCAGGCACAGCCAGAACCCACAAGCGAAAUACAAGCACCAUCCACAAGCCAAAUACAUCGACCAUCUACAAGCCAAACGCACCGACCAUCCACAAGCGAAAUACAACCAGAACCCAGAAGCGAAUUACACACAAGCAAUUUAAUCACAAAAUCCUGUUUAACCAAGCUGAAAUUAAUACUACAACGAAGCAACCGGAAAGCUCUGUUUAUCAUGCUUGGCUUGAUUAUGGCACAACAUCUUAGCGGAAACUUCAUCACUGUGCAGGAUCUGCAACUGGUUUUAAGAGAAGCAAGGGUCGUUAACGAUCUAUACGAAGGGAUGAUUGCCAUGCAGUUUAUCAAGUUUCUAUCUAAUGGUUUAACCAUGUUUAUGGUGGAUUCGUUUGGAAGGAGAAAACUUUUGCUUCUGUCUACGUUUGGGUCGAGUCUUACAUUGAUUAUUCGAGCAACUUAUCUUUUGUUACGUUUGUAUAAGAUUGACGUUUCCAUCUUCUCUCUGCUUCCCGUUAUCGACUUAAUUAUAUAUGAAAUAGUGUUUCAAAUUGGUUUAGGUACAAUACCCUAUGUUCUCCUAGGCGAGUUAUUUCCUACGAAACUAACGGGGUUUGCUGCUGCCAUCAUUGUGAUUUUCGAUUAUAUAAUUGGUUUUUCCGUGUCGAAAAUGCAUCUAGAGAUUCUCGAUAAGGUAGAGUUGUGCGGGACUUCCUACAUCUUCUCGAUAGCAUGCAGUAUUUCACUUGUGAUGGUGAUCCUAUGGGUACCGGAAACAAAAGGAAAAACAUAUCAGCAGAUUGAAGCCCUUCUAGUUGGUGAAAAUUUGAAUUCUUUGAAUGAAGAAGAUAGAACCGAUGAAAUGGAUGUUCAUAGAUUCUGACAGGAGAAAUUGCACCGUACAUCCGUUACACGGUGUCUACUUACUCGGAAUAAUUUAUUUCUCAUUUUUAUUAGUAUAAGGAUAAAGAUCCAUAAUUUUAUCACGAUAUGAAAUUUUUGUAGUAACGUAGUUUUUUUCGUUUGUUCGUGUAACUUUAGAAAUGUGUCUAACAACGAUGAUGGUCAUUUACAAACAUAUGUAUCGUAUAAAUUGACUUGCAUUGAACUGAGAGGAAUACAUGUUCUCAAACUAAACUUUUUAUCCAUUUCAUAACUCGACAAUGCAACAAUAUCAAUUAAGUCGAGAUAAUUGAACAACAGUUUGCAAAAGUAAGAAAAGUAAUAUAUUAAAGAAUGACAAGGUAACAUAAUACUGACAAGAACAAUUUUUUAUAUCUCAGCUGCUAUCUAUACCGUUAUUUUUUGUUUCCAAUAUAUAACAUAUGUGUAUCACAUAUACACAUGUUAAUAUUGUUAAGGUAAACAACAUGUAUGUUGAAAAAGUCAGUAUUUAUGUUAAAAAUAAUGUAAUAUAAUUAAUAUAACACAUUGCUAAUAAGUACAUAUGUUACAAUGUGUUUGUCAAUGAUAAGCAUAUGUCUUUACAUAUAUAAAAAUAUAUGUGUAAGACACGGAUUUUUCGGUGUUAUAUUAUAAUUAUUACUGAAAAAUAUUUGAAUAUGUUAGUUCGAAUAUUAUUGUAAUUACUGUACCAUAAUACAGUAAUAAAUAUCUAGCCUUGUCUAGCAGAAAUUCUAUCAAACUGUUGAAUGUUAUAUUCGGUAAAUUACGACUAUAAUAAUAGUGUUCACUUCAGAAAUUUAUAUUUCCUACUUUUAAAACACUAUAAUUAUUAAAUAGCGAAAAUUUAAAUAUCGAUAAUUUUAUAAAGCCGUGUCUAUUAACAAUUAUGUAUUUAUUGCAUAUAUUUAAAACAAAUAUUUUAUUAAAAAGCUACAAGAAACAUGGAUUUACUAUCUAUAUAUAAAGGCACAAACAAGAUUUUAAAUGUUCUAUUUUAAGUUUUAUUCCAGACGACUUUAUUACAGAUACCCCUAGUGAAAAUUAAUUAAAGGAGUCCGAAUGAAGAUGAGUCAACUGUAAUACCAAAUACUGCUAACGUCCUAAACCUACGUCAUGCUAAAUCAGUAACGUCGAGAACAAUACAAAUAUGGUAAGAAAACCACCAAGUUUACUGGGUAAAGCACUCUGAAUAGCGACCUUCUCUUCCACGGUACCAUCGCCCCUCCACUUUACCAAUGUAAUACUAAUUUUGUAUAAAAGAAUUCGGACAAAUUUUUUUUCCCAUUCAUUUGCAAAAUAUUAGUUCUUUGAUCGUUAUGGAAAACAAACAACAAAAACAGCUGUAAGAAGGACCGAAACGUAAAUUUACAACUGAAUGUAAAGUUCUAGUUAAAUCAAAAACUAAAUCGCAUUAAUAGUAUAAUUCUCUGUGAGAUGGUAAUUCGUACAUGUAUCGAUAUUUCAAACAUUCACUAUAAUAAAAACGCGACUAGAUGCGACAUUGUAUGGGACUCUGUCGCGUGUUCUGAAACGCAACUAUCGAAAAAUAUCAGUGCUUUUAAUGUUCUCUACAAUUAAUAACGUUGCGUCGCGACGAAUGUAAUUAUCUGAAAAGUGUACUCGCUACAUUUCCAUUAUGUGAUCGUUUGAAUGUGCUACGUUUUAUAUACUUGGAAUUUAAUUGUGAAAAUUUAUAAAUGGUUAUACAUUAUUCCGAUGGAUUGCAACAUUUAAAAAUCUAAAAAA